CCGUCCCGGCUCUGAUCCGAGCACCGCCCGCCCGCCCGCCGGCUGGCCGCACGCACUCGACACGCGGUCCGCCACGGCCAUUCCACGGCGGAUCUCCACCCAACUCCUCCAUCCCCUUCCACCAAUUCCACCGGCCGUGUGUUCCUCCGCCUACCACUACCAGCCGCGGCACACCGCCCCUCCUCGCGCCUGGAACCCCGCCGGAUUUCCCCAAACCCAGCUGACGGCCGGACCCCGCGGACCACCGCCAAAUCUCCCCCCACCAAAUCAGCCGGGCCAGCCGGGGCCGACGCGACGCUAUCCGCGGCCGCUGCAGCCGCAGCCGCAGCCGCCUGAGAUGGAGCUGGCGUCGAGCGACCUCGCGACGCUGGGCGCGGCGGAGCUGGUCCGCGCCUCCGCCUCGAUCCCGCGCGCGGCGCCGCGCACCUUCGCGCUCCUCACCGCCUGCCUCGUCUUCCCGCUCUCCUUCGCCGUGCUCGCGCACUCCCUCUUCACCCACCCCGUCGUGCGCCGCAUCCAGAGCGCCGGCUCCGGCGCCCGCUCCGCGCAGUGGCUCGAGCUCUUCGCCUACCAGUUCCUCUACCUCAUCGUCCUCUUCACCUUCUCCCUCCUCUCCACCGCCGCCGCCGUCUUCACCGUCGCCUCGCUCUACGCCAGCAAGCCCGCCUCCAUCUCCGCCUCGCUCACCGCGCUGCCCCCAAUCCUGCCCCGCCUCCUCCGCACCUUCCUCUGGGUCUCCCUCCUCAUGCUCGCCUACCACCUCGUCUUCGCCCUCGCCGUCCUCCUCCUCAUCGUCAUCUUCAUCCCCAACGGCGCCUCCGAGUCCACCCCUCCCUCCAUCUCCUUCGUCCUCUUCCUCAUCGUCGUCGUCUUCGUCUUCCUCGGGAUCCACGUCUACAUCUCCGCGCUCUGGCACCUCGCCAGCGUCAUCUCCGUGCUCGAGCCGGUCUGCGGGCUCGCCGCCAUGGCCAAGAGCAAGCAGCUGCUCCAGGGGCGCACCGGCAUCGCCGCCACCCUCGUUGUCUCCUACUUCGCGAUCUGCGGCGUCACCUCGUUGCUCUUCCGUGCCGCCGUCGUGAAGGGUCGCGGCGAGGAGGGGAGCUUCGGCCUGGCCUUGCCCGGGCGGCUGCUCGUCGGCGCCGUGCUGGUGUGCGUCCUUGUCUGUGUCAAUUUGCUGGGAUUGCUGGUGCAGAGCGUGUUCUACUACGCUUGCAAGGCCUUCCACAACCAGGAGAUUGACAGGUCCGCAUUGUACGAGCACCUCGGAGGGUACCUUGGGGAGUACGUCCCGCUCAAGAGCAAUAUCCAGAUGGAGAACCUUGAGGUUGGAGCUUAGAGGAAGGGAUUUAUUUUUCCGUAAUUUUCAACCUUCCUGGUAUUACAAACUUUGUAGUUAGUGUUAGGCCUUUCUCGUUGGUAAACUAUAUCUGGACUCGGAUGAAUGUUGUUAUGAAAACGAUACUGCCAUUCACAUGGAGCUUUAAGUGAAAAG